GUAAUCGCUAAAAUUUGCACUGGUGAAUUGGGACUCCCAAAAUUAGAUUACAUAUGUGAAUUGUAAAGUGUAAUGUAAAAACAUCAAUUUAGGAAUUUAUUAUUAUUUAUGACAAUUGGAUUGUAAAUUUAAAGUGAUUAAACAGUCAAUAACAAAAUUAUUGGAGAUUGUUUACAGUCACUUCUCAAAAGAGAACAAUAAUUGCAAAUACAUAUAUUUUUUUUUUUUUUUUUUUAUUGUUCAUUGAAGCAUCCAAGCUAUUAUACAGGUGUUUUAAUUAGCCCAAGUGAUAUCAAUGUUGCCUGGCAAUGGUGUUUCAAGAGAAUGUUGUGUCAUGGUUUCGGAAGCUUUCUAGUUAUAAACGCAUUGAUGUAAUGUGUACAUUGAUGAAUAUGUGUUUACCUUUUGAAGUAAGAUAUUUGGGUACAUAUAUUGAAGAUAUUGGAAAACGUGAUUAUAAUGAAUUUCGUGAUACCGAACACCGUGCAAAUAAUACAACAGAACUCAAUGAUUUAUCAAAUCUUGGUUUAAUUGAUACAAAAACACGACGUAAACUUGUACUUUACAUGGCACUAUUGCAUGGUAAUAAUUAUCCUUGUGCUCUUGUACAUUAUAAAUGUUUAUUGAAUAAUAGUGUUCAUGAAAUAACAAAUGUAUCAAGUGGAACGGGUGAUUGUAAUCAAGAUGAACAGGCACUUGAAGAAUUGUUAUUACUAUUUACAAUGGCACUUAAUCAUCCUGCUUUUUCUUUUGAACAAAAAUCAACAAUUGGUAAUAUUUAUCAAAAACUACAAGAUGAGGAACAAUCAAGAUUAAAUUUUUCAAAAUCAAUCAUUAAUUCAACCAACAAAUCUACUGAAUUUUGUGGAUCUUGUGCAGUUCCAAGUGACCGUCCAAUUGAUGAAAUACCAAGUAACUGUGUCAUGCCAUCACCAUUAAUGCAACCAUAUCCAGCAAUAAAUCCUGUAAACUCUUGGCCAAAUCCUAUGAUGAUGGCUAAUCAAAUGGUUUAUCCAGAAGAAAUAUUUACUUGUCCGUCUUCCCUUCAAGUUGAUCGUCAAGAAUCACCAUUACAAUCACGUUUACCAAGUCGUAGUAAUUCACCAUUAAUACGACGUAAUAACAAUACUCCUUUCAAGCCAUCUUUUGAAAAUCAAAGUGUUCCAUCAAGUCAUGCUAUUGUAACAACAACAACAACAGCAAAUACCACUAGCUUAUUAAAUAAUAAUUUAAAUCCUAAUAUUAAUCCAUUAAUUAAUGAAUUACCUUUUAAUCAACAAUUAACAACAAAUAGAAAUGUUUCUAGUCAAUUGGAACAAAAUAAUUCUGAUACAAUACCAUGUGGUAGUACUAAAACAUCAAAUUCAUUAAGUAUACCAAUAUCAUCAUCAUCCUCAUCAUCAUCUUCCUCAUCAUCUAAUGAAAAAGCAUCAUCUAAUAAACAUCAGCAACUACCAAAAUUUCGUGAUAAUAUAAAUACUGAUUUUUCAAAAGAUAAAUCAGCCAAUUCUAAAGGAAAUUUACAAAAUUUUUCUCUUGAAGAAUUUAGAAAAAUGAGUGAUGAAGAUUUAAAAGAUUUUGGUCUUACACCAAAUGCAGUUGGUCAAUUACGAAAUAUUAUUAAAAAUCAAACAACAAAUGGUAGUUUACAUCGUGCUGGAUAUGAUAAUUCCCAAAAUGUUAUUCAUCAUAAUAAAAUUGAAUUACCAGAAUCUGAACAUUUACAAAGUGUUGUUAGUGUAUCAAAUGAUAAUUGGACACCAUCAACAAUGUAUAAUCCACCACCAUCACAACAACAGCAACCAGUUAUUCAUCAUAGUCAUGGACACAUGAGUAAUAUUCGUCCACGUUAUCCAGCAAUGUUACCAACAGAUUCAUCACAAAUACCAGUGUAUAUACCACCACCACCACCUCCACCAAGUGUUACAAUGGGUACUCCUGGAAUGCCAUGCUAUGCUUGUUUUACAAAAAGCAUUGGAAACAUGCAAAAUCAUUAUCCAAAAUGCAUUGGUCAACAUAUGUAUUGUCUGGCACAGUUGCAAUCAUUACAAUUAGAUCCAGCAAGUGGACGACAUUGUUCACAAAGUAGUAGUUCUGAUAGUUCAGAAAGUCGUUCACCACCAGAAACACCACCAGUAGCUCCAUGGUCAACAAAUACACCAAUGACAACAACAACAACCACUACUUCAUCACACUUAACGUCAAAUAAUAAAAUAAAUUUAGGUGUUGAUAAUUCUGUAACAACAGAACACAAUGUAUGUUCAACAAUUCAAGCACCACCUCAAUUAACACAAGUUCAUACGGGAAUGCAAAAUGUACAAUCAAAUAUUCAACAAAUACGAGAAAGAACAAAAAAUAAUAAAAAAAAUUCACACAUGAGAAGACAAAAAAAUCAUAUUAUGAAUGGUGGAUUACCAAAUAUGUCACAUUGUGUACCUGCAUUUUCAAUAAGUGGUCAACCAAUGUAUUCACAAAUUGGUUUUCGUUCACCUGGACAAUUUUCAUUACGACCAAAUAUUUAUUCAACUUAUCCACAUACUGUACCACGACCAUCCAACUAUCCAACAAAUUAUCAACAAAAUGGAGAAAUUAUGUACACAUAUCCAGGUCAAUCAGUUGUUGGAAAUACACAAUCAAAUACAGCAACAGGUAUUGUACCACCAACAGCUCAAGCAUAUAUACCACCACCUGUACCAACUUUUACACAUACUGUACAACAAACUAAAAUUUCUUGUCAUAAUUGUGGAAGUUUGACACAUGUUGCAACUGAUUGCAAAGAAAAGGAAAUUGAAGAUUUAACUAGAAAAGCCCAAUAUCGACUUGAUUAUUCGGUGAAUCAACUAGGAGAAUCUUCAAGCAACGAUAAGUAAUUCAAGAUUCAAUAUUGAGUCAUAGUAUUAAAAUUAUAGAAAUAAUCUCAGAACAGCAAGUUUCGUACUAAUUAUAAUGAUAAUUUAAAAUAUAUUUUUGUUUUUUUUCCUAGCAGAUCAUUUAAAUAAAUGUGAAUAUAUUCGUUUGCCUUUUAUUAAUUCAUCUUUUUGAUUUACAAGUAAUUUGCAAUUUAGUCUUCUUGAUAAUAACGAUCAUUUAUAAAAUGUAAAUAUUUAAAAAUUAUGUACAAAAUAAAAUGAA